CUUACUUCAUAAACAAAUCACUACCACAUAGAGAGAGUGAGUAGGUGAGAAAGAGAGUUUCCAAUGGCUAUACUCGCAAACACGUUCGGCAUGGGGGUGAGUUACGCCGGACAGGUUCCAUUUAGGCGAGUCACCGCCGGAGAGGUGGGAUGUAAGCAGCAGAGGAUGGUGGUGGUGAGAGCAGAAGGAGGCGGAGGAGGAGGAAUCAAUCCGGAGAUCAGAAAGAACGAAGAGAAGGUUGUUGACUCCGUUGUCGUCACCGAGCUUUCCAAGAACAUAACUCCCUAUUGCAGGUGUUGGAGGUCUGGGACGUUUCCAUUGUGUGAUGGGAGUCAUGUGAAGCACAACAAAGCUAAUGGAGAUAAUGUUGGUCCUCUUCUUCUCAAGAAACAAUAGUUCUUUUUUGUUUUUGUUUCUCGUUUUGUUGGGUGAUGUAUUAAAAUUUUAUGUACUUUUUCAUUAUGUUUGCAUUAAUCUGGUUAGUGACUCAUUUGGAUGAUGAAAAUACUGUAAAGUGUUGCUUUCCUUUAUGCAAGUUUCAAAGAGUAGUACAAUUUUUCCUU